UUUAGCUAGAAGAGCGUUUUAUUUAUCCAAAAGCUAACGAAUCCACUAGACUGGUAAUUGAAACACAGCAAUUCUAUAAGACCUCACUUGCAUUAUUGUUGUAUUGCUGGCCAGCCUAUCUGCGAACCCUGCCUAAUUUGCAAACAAACAGAUAGUGUCAAAGUGCUCGCGGAAUGUCAAUAUAAUAGAGAAGAACAACAAAUGAAAUAAGAAAAAAAAUUUAGACGACAUAAAUUGCAUAAAAACGCAACGAAAAAACACUUUUUUUAAGUUUUAAAAAUUAUAUGUGUUACUUAAGUACUCGAAUGGUAAAGCCCUUUUUAACUGCAGAUCCGUUCUUACCCAGAUUAGCACCACGAAAUAGAGAUAUUCACCCACAAUACAUACACAGGCAGAAAGAAGACAAAUAAAAAAACAUCCAUCAUAAUCCAGACAAUAAAUCUGUUCGUCUUGAAAAAUAGGGGUCGUCGUCGCACUCGUAUUCCUUUUUUUAAGGUAGGAGGGGUACUUCUUCAAUUCUAUAGUAGCAUAAAGAAGCUGACUGGUUAGAAAGGUAAAGAGCCGACAAAACAAAGUUCCCACAGAAGGCAGAAGCAACCAGCAGCAGCGAAACAAAGAAAACAAAAAGAAGUUCGACAGAGCGACAAAUACGAACAACAGCAUUAGCCAACUAACUAAGGAGAUGGUGGAAUAUGACUGACUCAAUUUGAAGUGUCGGGUAUAGAAUAGUUUCUAAAUAUUAUACCGCCGCCGUUCAACAGGAGCUAUUAGGAGCUGCGAAGCAGGCAAGAUAGACAGGAAGUGAUAUAUCAUUAAUACAUUUCCCCAUCCUCAACAACGAAUGGGCGCAAAGGCAAGUACUCCCGCCAAUAGCGGUCACCAGAGCCCUCGUUCACGUACGUUUUCGAGUAGCUCCACCGGUGCCGAGCUGCAAAGUUCGUCUGUAGACAGACAAAGAGCUCGGAGUUUAAGCUCAGUGCCUGACAUGCACGGCCAGACUAACACCUCCUCCGGUGAUCCUCAUAGCCAACACACACAAGGCAUUAAUGCUCCUACGGCCAAUAGCACUAACUAUGCCAGUUCAUCAACGUCUCAACAAGGUCACAACAAUCCUAUGCAACGUCACACAUUGGGAGAUAAUCUACGGAAUGUUUCAAUGGCUGGAGCGAGUUUUGUCGAAAGUAUAGCGCUUGCAGCGCAAUCUGCUUCUAACGGUGCAGCUACCAGCAUUGGUCGGGUCUACACAGCAACAUCACUUCCAUCGCAAAUAUGGUCCUUUAAUGGUAUAAAAUGCCCGGUUUGUAAUAAAUUUGUCUUACCCGACGAUAUUGAGUGCCAUUUGGUUAUGUGCCUGACAAAACCACGACUCUCCUACAAUGAGGACGUCUUAGCGGAUGCCAAGGGUGAAUGUGUGAUUUGCUUAGAAGAUUUAAAUCCUGGUGAUAUAAUUGCGCGCUUGCCAUGUCUUUGUAUUUAUCAUAAAUGUUGCAUAGAUCGGUGGUUCGAGGUAAAUCGCUCCUGCCCAGAACAUCCUGGUGACUAGUUAAAACUCAAUAUGUAAUUACAACAACUUUUCUAUUUUAGUAUAAAAUAAUUAUAUAUAUAAACUGCAAAAUACCGAUAUAAUAAACGAUUAAUUAGUUUUAGAUUUAUAUGAACAUAAACAAGGUUUUUAAAACAACAGAAAUACAGAAAUUGACCAGAUGGUGAAGGGGUGCAAUACAAUAAUAACUCUUUGCCAUACAUUUAAAAAUCUAUUGAGAACCCGAUUGCAAAACAAUAAAUGAAAUCUUACCAAAAAACAAUCCUUGAUACUUUUAGCUCGUAUUUAAAUUGUUGAUUUUAUAAAUUCGAUUAAUUUCAUUCGUAUGAAUUCGUUCGUCAUUCCCACAUUACCAAAUCACCUAAUAACAUAUAAAAAAGACACAUUGUUGUCAUGUGUUUAAUGUAUAAUUGCGUAUAUGUACUAUUUCAGAUUUUUUAAAUUUGUUUUAAUUUUAAUUCUACAAAAUUUCCCAAUUGCACAAUUAUGUUCGAGGUCUCUUUAUUUGCAUCGCGUCGUGGUUUUAGCUGCAACUACAAAUGGAAUGGUUCGAAAACGAACGCUAUGUGAAAACACAAAUAAGAUCCAGAUCUCAAGCUAUGAUAUGCAAAUGGUUCGUUUCAAUCCGUACUAUUCGACAUCAGCAUCCGAAAACCAACAAAGAAAUAUUAAUAUACUACUAUAUUGAUAGUAAAAUUAAGAGAUUAGUUGUUAAAGCAUUUUGUACUGUGACAUAAAAAUAAGAAAACAAAACCUAAAUAUGAUGUUGUAAUCUUGUGUA